AUGGCUGGUGUUGCCUCCUGUUUGCUCCUCUCCUCCAGUCUGGGAGCACAGCUGACAACAAUAUCCAUCCCCUCCCUCUUCCUCUCACCUUGUUGCAUCCUCUUCCUACCUGGGACCAUGGAGGAGGUCACUAAAGUCACACCACCUCUCCUGGAACGCCGGGCUCGGCAGCGACAGCCCACAGUAUCAGUCCUCAAAUCCAAGCUGAAGCAGGGUGUGACCUGCUCCGGGCCCAGAGUCCGAUCCACCCUGACCGGGUUCUUCCCUGUUGUGCGCUGGCUGCCUAAAUACAAGCUCCGAGAAUAUGUCUGGGGCGAUCUGAUGUCCGGGGUAAUCGUUGGUAUCAUCUUGGUACCGCAGGCCAUUGCCUAUUGCCUGCUGGCCGGAGUGGAGCCCAUCUAUGGUUUAUACACUUCAUUUUACGCCAACAUCAUUUACUUCCUCAUGGGGACGUCUAGACAUGUCUCUGUGGGGAUCUUCAGCCUCAUGAGCCUCAUGGUUGGACAGGUGGUGGAUAAGGAGAUGUUCCUGGCAGGUUUUGACCUCAAUGAGGACUCUGGCCCUGAUGUGUUUAAUGCCACACUGGGCAUUAACCUUACAGCUGGUAAACUUCACAGUGUGGAGCUAAUGGGUCUGCAGUGUGGGAAGGAGUGUUACUCCAUCAGCAUCGCUGCUGCCCUUACAUUCCUGGCAGGCGUCUAUCAGCUCGUAAUGGCAGUGUUUCGGCUAGGCUUCGUCUCUGUAUACCUUUCGUCCCCUAUGCUCGAUGGUUUUGCCACAGGAGCCUCUUUUACCAUCCUCACCGUGCAGGCUAAAUACCUGUUGGGUCUAAAGAUCCCCCGUCAUCAGGGCUACGGCACAGUUGUCGUCACCUGGAUCAACAUCUUCGCCAACAUUCAUAAGACCAACCUGUGUGACCUCAUCACAAGCGCCAUCUCUAUCUCUGUAUUAGUGGCAGGGAAAGAGAUCCAGGAGCGCUACAAGGAUCGUCUAAAGAUCCCUCUGCCGACUGAGCUGAUAGUAGUGGCAGGAGCUACGCUGGCCAGCCAUUUUGGAGAACUGAACAGCCAUUAUGGCUCCAGUGUUUCCGGUCACAUCCCCACAGGGUUCAUUGCUCCCCAGGUGCCCAGCUUUAGUCUGAUGCCACGGUUGGCACUGGAUGCCAUUCCUUUGGCUGUCAUUAGUUUUGCCUUCACGGUGUCGCUGUCCGAGAUGUUUGCGAAGAAAAACGGCUAUACGGUUCGCCCCAACCAGGAGAUGCUGGCCAUCAGCUUUUGUAACAUCAUCCCCUCCUUCUUCCGCUGUUUCACCACCAGUGCAGCAUUGGCAAAAACCAUGGUGAAGGACUCAACAGGCUGCCAGACACAGGUCUCCAGUCUGAUCAGCGCCCUGGUCGUCCUUCUCGUCGUCCUCUACUUUGCGCCUUUCUUCUAUGCUCUCCAGAAGUGUGUUCUUGCCUGUAUCAUCAUUGUAAGCCUUCGGGGGGCGCUGAGGAAGUUUAAGGAUGUCCCGGCUAAGUGGCGUGCCAGCCGGAACGACGGAAUAGUUUGGCUGGUCACCAUGUCAGCCACGGCUCUGAUCAGUGUGGAGCUGGGCCUCCUGGUCGGAAUAGUUUUUUCCAUGAUCUGCAUCAUCUUCAAAACCCAGAACCCCAAGGUCUCUCUCCUGGGCCGAGCCAAUGACACCGAUCUUUACGAAGACAUGGACGAGUACAAGAACCUCAUGCCACCACCUCGGGUUCAUGUCUUCCGCUUCCAGGCUCCUCUGUACUACGCGAAUAAGGACUCAUUCCUCAGAUCCCUCUACAAAGCUGUCGGAGUUGAACCUUUCUUGGAGCUGACUAAGAGAAGAAAGGCAGAGAAGAAGGCCAAAGAGAUGUCCUCGAAGCAGGCCAAGGCAAACGGGGAUAAAAACAAUGGCGAGGUCGUCAUUGGACUCAUUCAAAGAGAAUUGGAUUUCCACACGAUAGUCUUGGACUGCUCUGCCAUCCCCUUCAUAGACUCGACAGGCAUGGUCACAUUUAAAGGGCUGGUCAAGGAAUAUAAAGAGAUAGGGGUGAGCAUGCUCUUUGCCAACUGUAACACCUCAGUCAUCAAUACCCUGCAGAAGGGACAAGUCUUUGGGGAAAAUGACAAAGACAUGAGCAGCCUGCUGUUUCAUACAGUUCACGCUGCAGUUCUUCAUGCAAACAGUACAUCUACAGAAAGCAAGUCAGAAGACUCUGUGGUAUAGAGCAGCUAGAAGGAGAGGGAAGUUAGGUAUGCUAUCUUGCCACCUAUAACAAUAAUGCAUUAGGUAGCUUUGAGGUAGCCUUUUGGGAAGCUUUGUCCAAGAAAACAUGGCAGUACCAAGAAUGUUCAAGUACAUUUUUGAUACUCUGCACCUUUAAAUAACCAGACCACAUGAUAUGCCAAAUAAGCUUUUUUUUUCAAGAUAAAAUUUUUUAAAUGCAAUUGUAUUGCUGGAAAAGGGCCAUUUCAUUAAAAUAGGCCAUCUGUGCACUAGAAAGGUGCAAUUAUUUUUUUUUAAAAACUGAUGCCC